AAACGUCCAUUGCGGCUCCUGUAGGCGUUUUUGUUUUGUUGCUUUGGAACCAAAAUGGCGUGGGAGGGACUCAUCUUUCACAGGAAAACGAGACCCAGGGAAAUACCUAAUACUGGCACGCUUGGGUUGCAUUUAUAGUCUGACGGAAACCGUUCGUCCCUUACAAGCUGCUUUUUACGGGGAGAAAUUGGAUAUUGAAUACACCAUUAUCGUGAUAACCGGUUGACAUCACCUCAUGAAACAAGUUCAGGGUAUGCCCCGCCUCCUGCCCGUUGACAGCUGGGAUACGCUCCAGCACUCCCCGCAACCUUUGUGAGGAUGAUGUGAUGUCCCAGUGGGAGAGGCUGAUGAAGCUCCCGACUGCGUUCAGUCAGCAGUUACACGACCUGUAUGACAGAGAGGCACUCCCCAUGGAUGUUCGCCAUUACCUGUCCACAUGGAUAGAAAUACAGCAGUGGCAGCGAGCAGCAAACGACUACGACUUGGCCUUGGUGUUAUUCCAGCUCCUGCUUGAGAAUCUGGAUAUCCAGUACAGUCGCUUUGCACAAGAGGAGUCCUUCUUGAUGCAGCACAACUUUCGACGCUAUAAACAGAACUUUCAGCGAUACCUGGAGAACCCUUGUGCCUUGGCAAACACAGUCUACUGGUUCUUGGAAAAAGAGAAAGAGAUACUGGCGACUGCUGAUCUAGCUGAGCAGGUGCGAAUUUUACAAGUAGAACAACGAGGCUUGGAGACCAGCACCCAGCGUGACCUUGACCGUAGAAUGGCCAGCCUUAAAAAUGAAGUGCAGUGUAUGGAACAUACUAUGAUGUGUUUGGAGGAGCAGCAAGAUGAGUUUGAUUUUAAGUACCAAACAUACUUGAUGGAAGCCCCACGAACAGACAACCCUGCAAACCCACAACAAGCAAAACUUCAGUCACUUAUCAACAGACUCAACGAUUGCAGAAAGAACACACUGUCUGGCCUUACUAAGCUCCUGGACAGAGCUGAGGAUCUAAUAGACACUUUGGUGAAAAAAGAGAUGGUGCAAUGGCAGAGGAGACAGCAAAAAUUUUGCAUCGGCGCUCCAGACAAAGUUUGUCUGGAUCAGCUUGAGAAAUGGUUCACGUGUGUAGCAGAAAGUCUCUUCCAGGUCCGUGAGUUCCUCAGUAAGAUGGAGGAGCUGGUUGCAAAGGUGACCUACGACAACGACCCCGUGAAGGCUCAAAAUCCUUUUCUGCAAAGAAGGGCUGAAAAACUCCUUUCAGAUUUGCUCAAAAGUUCCUUUGUGGUUGAGACUCAGCCAUCCAUGCCUCAGGGUAAGGGUCCUCUUGUUCUCCGGACUGGUGUGCAGUUCUUUGUUAAAAUCAGACUUCUCGCCAAGUUUCCUGAGCUGAAUCAUUCCAUGAAAGUCAACGUAUCAAUGGACCGGGAGACCCCUCAGAUAAAAGGAUAUCGUCAUUUCAACGUCCUAGGAACCACCAGCAAAGCCUUGAACAUGUCAGAGAGUCACAGUGGUGGCAUGGUGGCAGACUUCAGGCAUCUCAAUUUGAAGGAGCAGAAGUCAGGAGGUGGUGGUGCUAAAGGAGCCAAUGAUGUUUCUCUGAGCGUGACAGAGGAGCUACACAUCAUCUACUUCAACACUGUAUUUGAGCUGAAAGGAAUGUCUGUUGAGUUGCAGGCUAACUCUCUACCGGUGGUUAUCAUCUCCAACUCCAGUCAGCAGCAGAGUGCUUGGGCGUCUGUGCUCUGGUUUAACAUGCUUAGACAGGACACGAAAGAUGUGAUGUUCUUUGCGAAUGGUCCGGUAGCCACUUGGCCACAGUUUGGAGAGAUGCUCAGUUGGCAGUUUUUGUCUGCCACCAAACGGGGCCUGGAUGACGCUCAGCUGGAAAUGAUCGCACACAGACUUUUCGGAAAGCAACAGAGCUACGACUGCUGUACUGUACCGUGGUCCAAAUUUUCAAAGGAAAACAGCCCUGACACAUUCUGGGUGUGGUUUGACAGCAUUGUGGUGAUGGUUAAAACGUAUCUUGAAAACAUGUGGAGAGAUGGCCACAUCAUGGGCUUCAUCACCAAAUGGAAAGAGAGGAUCCUCCUGAAGAAAAAGCAAAGAGGGACCUUCUUAAUACGAUUCAGUGAAAGUGUUAUGGGAGGAAUCACCUUCUCCUGGGUGGAAAACACCGCAACUGGAGAACCCGAAGUAAAGACAAUCCAGCCAUUCACCAAAUACGACCUCUCUCAGAUUCCCUUUCCUGAAAUUAUCCGGCAUUUCCUCAUCUUAAAAGAGGUCCCACACAAUCCCUUACUUUAUUUAUAUCCCAACACUCCCAGAGAUGAGGCUUUUGGAAAAUACUACGCUGAUAAGACUGGAAAUAACUCUCCUUACUUGAAGUACAUCCAAACCAGGCUAGUGUUUGUUUUAAAGGGGGUCACACAGGAGGUUGUGCCACACGUGAACACAGAUGUGGCAGAGGGAGAAUUCGUGCAGCCAUUGAAUGACCCAUGUGGUGAGGCUGCAGGGCAAAGCGAGGAUUCCCUGGAGCUUCAGUUGGUGAAUUUUCAAACUGAUCCCAUGCUGUGUGACACUGUUGCAAUCUCGGGAGAGGAUCUGCUAUAUUCCACUGACCCUAACCACUUUUUGGACACUGAAAGCUUCUUAAAUGAACCCUUGCUGCCUACCAGUCUAUAAAAUGUCGAGUCAUCCUGCCAGGGUGUUUAAAUAUCAGUUCUUGUCAGGUUUUCUGUUCCUUUGCAAUAUUCCUGCUACUCACUGUUUAUUUAAUUACUCGAACAAACCCAAACAGGUGUUUCCAACUGUUGUUUGGACUUUGUAUUUUUAAAAAAGCAGACGUCCAAGAAAUAAAUGGUAAAUAUGAAAAUGGUCAGAACACAUACUGCAUAUUGUUAAGACUUGCACUAAAUGCUUGUCAAAAAUAGCACAUUGCAUGUGCUGUCACACAUUUUUUGGAAAGUGUCGUGCUAGAAUUACAGUAUUAUUUAGUUCCAUGGUGGGGAUGAAGUACGGAUCUAAUUUCGAUCGGUGUAUUCUAUUUGACAUAACUGAGGGAUCAGUGUGGAAACUGUCACGUGCUAAUUUGUAAUUACAUGUGACAACGACUAGGAUUUGAAAUUGUAUAUUUGUCAUGUGGGUUAUUAUUUUUUUUUCAUCCUUUCCUCUUCUAUCAGGAUUUUCCUAAUUAAAGUCGUGAAUAAAUCCUAUCGCAUGUGACUUGGCAAGAGGGCACCCUCUGGGUCACCUGCCAUUUGCAGGGCACACAUAGACAACCAUUCACAUUCACACCUAUGAACAGUUUAAAGUCACUAUAACGGUCUGACAUCCAUCUUUAUGGAAUGAGAGAGGAACCUGUAAAACCCAGAGAAAAUACGCAAGCUUGGCGAGAACAUGUAAACUCUGAGCAGGAGAUCCAGAGUUGACUGCGAUUCCAACAUGGACGUUACGUGGACCACUUGACGGGGAGCCGGACUUUUUUUGGGGUUGGGGGGGGGGUUAAUUUACAUACUCUCAAACGACGUGUGUAUGAAAAGAGGAAAUAAUAUAAAACGGUUUAAUCAAACCGGGAAAUAUUUUCAAACAUCAGUUAUGGCUGUAUGCCACGCAUUUUAGGGUGAAGUAAGGAAGUAAUUUUUAAUUGGUUUCUAGGAACUAAUGUUCUCCGGCCAGGUCCGGAAAGCAUUGAAACGUAGCACACAAAUUAUAAUGGAAAAGUCGAUUGACGAGCGAUGGCUGAACUAUUUCCGUGGGACUUAAACCACAGGACGGAUCUCUAACCCGCAAUGGAGUGCUUUUACGUCAAUGGUAAAAUCCAACCCCUUUUUUGUCUGACAUCGGACUGAUUUCUGAUCUCAAAGAUCGGAUUCGGAC